UUACCGUGAUUGUGGAUGUAGAGGAAAAAAAAAUUAACACGAGAAAGAACCACCAGCUCUUUUAAUUUUCAGUCAUGAAGUGUAUCCGACAAUAGCUCAUCACAGUCAUCAACGCUAACUUGUCCGUCCCGCAAUUUGGUUACCGGUGCUCUUCGAUCUCCGAUGUCCCCUUCUCUCAGUUCUGUGUUACGAUUCUCACUGCGUUCGCAGCACGCAGUGUGAUCUCGCGUCGAGGAGUACUUCGUCUCCUCAGGGGAGCGUCUCGCCAACGAUCACCCAAAUUCCCCGAAAACCCUAGACUCUUGAUCGUAACCCUAGAUGGACGGCCACUCCACCGCACCCGUCCGGUCGCGGAGCUCCCAGUCCCCGUCGCCCUCCCACUCCGCCUCCGCCUCGGCCUCCAGCUCUGUCCACCAUAAGCGCAAGUUCCCGGGUGCCGCCGCCCCCGCCGCCGCCGCCACUGCCGCCCCCUUCUCCCUGUCCGACACAGGUGCCCUCACUUCGAACGACGACCUCGACAGCAUCAGCGCCCGGGAGGAGGAGGAGGACGACACCGAGGAGGAGGAGGAAGACGAGGAGGAGGAGGAGGAGGAAGAGGAGGAGGAGGAAGAUAAUGACUCCAUGAGGGCCUUCACUGCUGCCCGCCUCGAGGCCCCUGCUGGCGUCGUCUCCAGCAACCCGAGAAGCACGAAGCCGCCCAAGGCCGAGAAUCCCUCGACCAAGGUUGAGCCUUCCGGCGGGGGGCUUUCAGAGAUUGGAGUGAAGGAUGAGCGCGGAGCCACAGGCCCGUCAGGUCAGCAGAAUGCAGCUGCUGCGGCGAGCUUGAUGCCGGGGAUUGUUGUGAAGGAGGAUACGGUGAAGGGGUUAUUCACCGAGAACAUACAGACCAGCGGGGCUUACAGUGCCAGAGAGGAAGGGUUAAAAAGAGAGGAAGAUGCUGGAAGACUCAAAUUCUUGUGUUAUGCAAAUGACGGGGUAGAUGAACACAUGAUCUGGUUGAUAGGAUUGAAGAAUAUAUUUGCUAGGCAACUUCCUAACAUGCCCAAGGAGUACAUUGUCCGCCUUGUUAUGGAUAGAAGCCACAAGUCUAUGAUGGUUAUCAGGCAUAAUCAGGUUGUCGGGGGCAUAACAUACCGCCCAUAUAUCAGUCAGAGAUUUGGAGAGAUUGCAUUUUGUGCAAUCACAGCUGAUGAACAAGUCAAAGGCUAUGGCACAAGACUCAUGAAUCACUUGAAACAACAUGCUCGUGAUGUUGAUGGGCUUACUCAUUUUCUAACUUAUGCAGACAAUAAUGCUGUUGGCUAUUUUGUAAAGCAGGGCUUCACAAAGGAGAUCACAUUGGAGAAAGAAAGAUGGCAGGGGUAUAUCAAAGACUAUGAUGGAGGUAUACUAAUGGAAUGCAAAAUUGAUCCGAAGCUUCCAUACACUGAUUUGGCCACAAUGAUUCGUCGGCAAAGGCAGGCAAUUGAUGAGAAAAUCAGAGAACUCUCCAACUGUCACAUCGUUUAUCCAGGAAUUGACUUUCAAAAGAAAGAUGCCGGUAUACCCAGAAAGCCCAUAAAAGUUGAAGAUAUUCCUGGUCUUCGAGAGGCUGGUUGGACUCCAGACCAGUGGGGCCACUCAAAGUUCAAGACAGCAAAUGCAACAGAUAGUGUUGCCUAUCGCCAACAGCUGAAUGCCUUGAUGCGCAGUCUUCUAAAGAUGAUGAAUGAACAUCCUGAUGCUUGGCCAUUCAGGGACCCGGUAGAUGCACGUGAUGUGCCUGAUUAUUAUGAUAUCAUUAAAGAUCCUAUGGAUCUGAGGACCAUGUCAAAGAGACUAGAGUCAGAACAGUAUUAUGUUACUUUCGAGAUGUUUUUUGCUGAUGUCAAGAGAAUGUUUGCGAAUGCUCGGACCUACAACUCCCCUGAAACUAUCUACUAUAAGUGUGCAACAAGGCUCGAGAACUAUUUUACAAACAAGGUACAGGCAAAUCUGCUCCAAACAGCCAACAAGAAUUAGUAUCGCACGCAAAGAAAUCCUUUCCUAGUUGAAAUGGAAGAGCCUAUAGCAAUUCUGGUGAGGCAUUCACAAACUACAAAGGAGAACCAUGCAUGUAGGAAUUCUGAGUUUGUGGGACCCUCAUAGGCUCGCCCAAUUUUUGUUCUUCACUUUGCCAAACUACAACUCAAAUGUAUUUUUCAAACUUAUAAUUUGGAUGUGUAAGAGAAAGAUUGCACUAUUAUGCUCCUCCAUUUGUUUGUGAAUUUGGUGGUAGUCAUGCAGUGCUGCAGUUGUUCAUGGCAGUCAUGAAGGGCUGGGGUACAUUGUACUGAUUGUACUGAUUAUGCCGAGCAUGAGAUCUGAUUACCUUUGACAUUGAUAUUGAGAUUGUGA